CUCAUAACUAGUAACAUUAAUUGGUUUUUUUCAUCAUUUUCGCGUUUAUUUAUCACAACAUUUUUACCGGUAGGCUAUCACUGAUUUCAUCGAAUAUUUACGUGAGUGGGAAGAAAAAGCAAAGGAAGAAAAACAGAAAUAUAAAGAACUGAAAAAACAUUUAGAUGAAGACCAACUACCGGGCAAAUUUUUUUUGCUAUAACUGCAAGCACAUUAGAUGGGUUCAAAAUCUCACUUGGAGCUACUUUAGAAUUUGCUGAUUUCUUACAUACUCAAUGUAACUAUGAUUAUCUGAUGACAAUACAUCUUACUCAGGAUGCCUUAGAGAAAUUUUUUGGGAUCAUGAGAAAUGCCUGUGGAUGUAACGAUCACCCAGACGUAAUAUUGUUUGGCCAAGUAUAUCGUUUACUUUGUUCAUAUUCUUUAGCGACUCCACCUAGAGGAUCUAAUGUAACUGCUGGCGAACUGUUGCAAUCUUUGAUGCAAGCCAAAGACUCUUUGGCAUUGGCUUCUGUUCCUAAAAAUGAAUGGCUCCAAAAACUUGAAGCGAUUGUUGAGAAAGGCAUUUGUGGCGAAGUUUCUGAAGAACCAAACAGCAAUGAUAUUAUUGAUAAUGAAUUUUCUUUUCCAAAUCUACUUCAUGAUGCGGGCUUGUUGGAUGAAGAACUGAAUAAUCACGACAUAUCAUCUAAUAAUUACACAGAUACAACUAAUAUAGAUGAACAAGUAACUGGUCUAGGUGAUAAAGAGUUUUGUCGAAAGCUGUUUGAAAGUUUGGUCGAUGAAAGUGACAGCGACGCCCUGUUUAAAAAUAUUGAUUGA